AUGACUCUUACAGUGUUUCCAAUAAGUACUUUCCAGAAUGCUCGAGGCGGUGACUCAGAAGCAUUGGUGUUCCAAAACUUAUCUGGUGAACGAGAAACUUUUUCCUACGUUCCAUGCACACUCAGGGAUGCCAUAAUGAGGAAAGCGGGAAGCAUAGGAGACCCAGAUGCUGACGCCGAGACUCGAUCUGCACCUGGCGAUCUCGGAGGGACUCCUAAGCGCGCUCGUGCCACGAAAUGGAGCCACAGUCGUCAAGCCUCACAAGGCGUUCCAUAUCGUUAUGUUGAGAAACCUCGCCGAAUUCGUGAAAUACGCGAUAAACAAUGGCAGGUGAUUAAACGUUAUAUUAGCGAAGAGUUGGUAAUCAAUGUUACUAGUACAGCAGAACAUUCGAAACAUCUUAUAGUUUUCAGACCUUCCCGGCUGUCCUUCCUUGGCUCCCGCAAGUGGAUGAUCCUCCUACUUUGUUGGUACUGCGCAGUACAAGGUAUUAUUGUCAAUGGUUUUGUUCCGUCAGCGAUCUCGUCAAUAGAACGCCGCUUCAAGCUUAGCACUAGCACUAUGGGUCGUAUCGUACAGUUUUAUGACUUUGGUUAUGUUUUGUUCUGCAUACCAGUGUCAUACUUUGGUGGUCGGCACAGUAAGCCGGCCGUUCUUGGUGCGGGAUUGGCUCUAAUAGCUACCGGCAGUAUCUUAUUUUCUACUCCACACAUGUUAGCAGAUAGUUACUCAGCAAAUCAGGAUGAAAAAGCUUUUGGAUCUUGCUCAAUCAAAAGUGAGUUUGCUGUUGUGUAG